CUUAGCGCGGACGCAGCUGCGUGUGCAUGUACAUGUACGUACUCGGGUUUCGGACUCGUUCGAUCGUAUCAUCGUCCACAAAACUCACAUCUACUUACUACGUCUAGGCUGUGAUUUCAUCUUUAGGCUUGAACCAUCUCAAUAAUGAGCCGCAGCAACUAAGAGCCACGAAAAAAACAUUCUCGCUACUCCUCCAAAAAAUAAAUAAAAAGCAAACAUGAAGCUGGGCCACGAAGCGAGCGAGUCCCGGGCCCGCUGGCCGAGCCUGACGAGCGAACUCAUGGCCGAGCUGCAAAACUGGGCGGCCGAGCACUCGCUGCCCGCGGUACCGGAAGAGCAGCUGGCGAUAUUCGCACAUAGCUGCUACUACAAUAGGGAGGCUACGCUGCGCUGCAUGGAGACGUACUACAGGCUGCGCGCGAAUGCGCCCGAGUUUUUUUGCACUCGCGACCCCCUGCUGGAGGACGUGCAGUCGACGCUCAAGGCAUUGAACUACUGCCGGCUACCAAGACCCGACAAGGACGGCAACAUCGUGGUGUUCCACAGCCUGCGGGACACGAAUCCAAGUGCCUACGUGUUCAACACUGCGGUCAAGGUGCUCUUCAUGAUGAUGGACGCGUGUCUUUACCACGACGGCUGCACCCCCGGCUACGUGUUUCUGUUUGACAUGAAAGGCGUGCGGAUAAGCCAUCUCACGAGACUCUCGAUCACUGGGAUUCGCAGGUUCUUCGAGUACCUCCAAGAGGCGAACCCUGUCAGGCUCAAGGCCAUUCACGUGAUCAACUGCGUUUGGUUCAUCGACAAGGUCCUGGCUCUCAUUAGGCCCUUCAUGAAGAAGGAGCUGAUGGACAUUCUGCACUUGCACUCCGGAGACGUUUCACUCGUUUAUCAGCACAUUCCACCUGAGUGUCUUCCUAAGGAUUUUGGCGGUCAGCUGGAUGACGUCGAAACGUAUCAUGCCGAGAACGGAAGAAAGAUGGUCGAGCUACGUGACUACUUUCUCGAAGAGGAGCAAUUGUACCGUAGUUACCGAAGCGUCUCAAACAAGAAUAGGCUGAGUUGUAGUGACACUGUGAGUUCACACCACAAUGGCAACAGUGAUGGCAGCUGAUUUACUUUUGAUCGGUUCAAUAUACAACUUCUUGUCCACUGCAAGUGUACUUCUCCGUACUUUACUACAUGCUUCGCAUUGUAUUUUUUUAUUUUUUAUUGUUAAAUAUCAAUGAAUUGAUAGCUAAAUCAUUUAUAUGAAUAGUAUGUGGAUUAAAAAAAGAAGCAAUUACUAAAGUAGCUUUUUAUAAAAUGAAGAUGUGGCUAAGUGUAUUAUUCUACGGUUGUAUCGUGUUGGUUGAAUGACUGUAAGAAUUGUUCGCAUGAUGAGUAGGUCAUUUUGUAUAAUGCGAUGUAUUUAUUGACUUUGUAUUUAAUGGUACUGAUUUUAUACAUGGUAUAGGUUUAUAUUAAAAAUAAAUGAACGUAGUUGAUUAAAAAAAAUUUAUCAUACAUGUUUUGUAAUUAUAAGCUUUACCAUCUCACAUCACUAGGACUAAGGUUUUACAGUCUAUACUAGACCAAACGAAGCGUGCCUCAUGCUCUCUUCUAAAAUUUUUGUGUAAGAUUUUGGAAUGGUUACUAUUUUUGUCGAUUAGUUCUAUAAAUUUCUUAGCGUUGAUAGCGCAUUUUAUGCAAAAUUAAGGGAUUUUCUUGACACAACACAUUCACAGCUUUAACCGUGCAUAUUGAAAGUUUGAGUUCAAUACUUCU